AUGGAUUCUGACGAUUGCAGCUCGGGAUCAGAUCUAAGUUCGUGGUCAAACUCUACCGUGGGCGAUGUGCCUACCGCAAGUAGCUGCACGCUGCAAGCUUGUCCCUCGAAGGGGUGUAAUGUAGAAUGCUGCGAGGGAGACCCGAGCCGUCCUCCCUAUACCAAGGUCAUGCCUGAGGAUCGGCGGUACGGCGUGGUUGUGAGCAAUGAGGAGGACCCCUGUUGCUGCCAGUUUACUUGCGUCCUUCAGUUCCUGCUGAAAUCCUUCCACACCGUUGGAGAUGAAGUCAGUACUCUGCGCUUCAGCGAGUGCACCUCGGUGGAGCAAUUCGAUUGCAACUUGAUAAUCGUCGGCCGGGAUGAUCAUACGAAGGACUGGCUGAUCACCCAGACCAGAGGGAUCUGCCCCCCCUUUAAAGUGACCUCUUUCAUCCGGCACUUUGAACUCAUCAAGGUGUCUUUCGUGAUACCACAGGUGGUGGACGCUCGUCUCUGUCGCAUAUUUAACAUUUUCGAGAAGCAGCUUUGUGGACUUGACACUGGCAAGUGGUGUGUGGUGAAACAAACCCCCCUGGAUGAAUGCAGUGCGGAGUACCAAUCGAAGGUGGUGUACCCAGAGGUGAAGAACGUCGAAAUACUGGCCUACAUAGACGAAGAGAGCGCAGACAUAAUCAAAAGGAAUUGCUCGAAGAUCCGCUACCUACUAUUUCAUCUGCCGGUGGACUUCUGUCCAAGGGGCUAG